GCUAAAGUUAUCGAUAAUUCACAAUGGAACGGCGCCGCAACGAUGUAUUAAUUCAGGCACUCAAUAAGAAUGCUGAUGAAACGGCGCGUUGGCAAGCGUAUAAAGCAGACAAUGAAGCGGCCAUCAACAACUUGGAUAUGUUUGCCAAACAGCUCACUGUCGAGGUUAUGGUGCCAAUUGGUAAAAAGGCCCUUAUGCCGGGUGAAUUAAUACACACAAACGAGCUACUUGUGGGUCACUAUCAGGGUUAUUUCUCUGCGUGUUCUAGUCACAAAGCUAAGCAGAUAUGUCAGCAUCGGCUGCGCAUAGCAGUGGAGCAACUGAAGAAGCUGGAGGUUGAGGAAAAGCUUUGGCAGGAUAAGCUGGAGGCGCCGAUGGCGCAGGGAGCUGUGCCAAAUGCGGGCGAGGUGGAAAUUGUGGAAGAUUUUGAUCAAACAACGCAUGAGGAAUGGCUGAUAAGCCACAGAGAGAGCGUGCGCAAGCAGAAGCAAACAGAGCGCAUGCAACGAGAGGCGGCAACGGCAGAUGAAGAUGUAUUCGAAAAAUUGGAGCUGCACGAAAUGCUGGAGGAACUGGGCAUAGAUGAGGAGAAUUUGAAUGAACAAGCACUCAAUGGAAUGAUAAGUACAGAAAGUAAAGCACCGCUUAGUGAGAUUCGAAACACUCACAAGGCUAUGUCUGAUGAGGAGGUGUUAAAUAUGCUUGAGAAGCUUGAGCAAGAAGAACAGAAUGAAGAGUCAGAAAUAAAUACAGAAAUCGAGGAGAAUCUAAAGGAAACAGCAGACAUGGUGCGCAAUUUAAUGAGCAAUCCAGACACAAACAAAAAAGGUAAAAUGGAGCGUACAGUCGAAGAGCCAACAGUGGAACAUGAAGAUAACAACAGUGUUGAUGAUGAAGAACAAUUGGAAGAAGUAAGGUUAAUACGAAAUCAGUUGGCAUUGUUGCCCAGCGAAGAGCGCGAAGAGUUUUUAGUAACACAAAUCCAAGUUAUAAAAGCGAAAAUGCGUAAAAUGCAAAAAGUGAACUUCAUCAGUGACGAAUUGACACACUUGAUGGAUGUGGUUGUCUGCUUAGAAGAUGAUUGGCUGGAAAUGCAAUUUGAAAUGCUAAAUAUGGACAAAGAAGAACUAGCAGAGGAAGAAGAAGAUACAGUUGCAACUGAUACUGAAUCUGUUAGUAACAAUAAGCGACGCAUAUCAUUUGCCAAAUCCGAUGAGCAACUGGAAUUCAAUAAACAUCAAAGUGUGGAUAAAUUGUUAAAGCAAAAGAAACGUGAUGUUAUUAUACUGGAUGAAAGCACAAAACAGACAGUAAAGACUAAAAAUGAUGAAGAAAAGCAGCAGCAAGUAAAGUCAACCAAUCCUCAGAUAAUGGAUAAAGUGCAACAAAAUCUAGAAUUUGUUAAAGAACAUCAAAGUGUGCAGGACUUCGAUUUGGUUAAUCAAAUACUUGAAGCAGCUACUGGUGUUAACAAUACCCUGCAUAUAAGUUUUAAACAUUCCGAAGCUCUUGCUGCGCCUUCAGAGCCAAAUGAUGAAGAUAUACCUGGUACUCCAGCAGAUUUUUAUAAACUUUAUGAGAAAGCAUUGGCUGCAAAGCAAUCUGAGCAUGCGUUUCCCAUUUAUGUGAAUGGCUUUGAGGGAGAGCAAGAGCUGCGUGUGCCCAUGAUGAAGGAAGAGGAGCGUGCAGCAGCCUAUGAUGAUCCACGUGCUGAAUUCUCCAAGCCGCCAGCUGAUUCGGACAAUACAAAAUCAAUAUUGCGCAAUAAGUCCGCCGUUGAGCUUGAAACUCGUGCGCAUGUUCAGGUCGCCAAGGAAAAUAAAACUAAAAACAAUAAAAAACAAAAGAAAACUCAACGUACGCUUGAUGAUGAGUUGCGUGAUAUGAGUGCCUAUCAGAAGGUUAUGCAGGAGGAGCUGCUAGAAAAGGAGCCCACAGCACCCGAACCUUUGCCUGCGGGCAAGUUUAUAGACGCGCAUGCGCCAAAGAAGCGCGUUAGUCGCUUUAAGCAGAUGCGCGCAGAAAGUAAGACAUAGCUAUAGAA